AUGUUUCCUUCUAUUCAAAUGCACAACACUGAUUGCCACUGCACCAGAUGCAAUAAUAAUGAUCAAGGAGUUUCCCGAGUAUCGAGACAUACUGCUCAGCAUCAUAAUAAAAGAGCUAGAUUUGAAGCUGAAAAGAGAAGCAUGGAAGUAGAUACUGAAAUAAUCCCGACGUAUCAAUCCGAUUCUGUGGAAGCAAUGGACGGUCAGGCCAACUCACCUAUUUUGGAUGCCGUCUCAACGUUUGACAAUGACGUCUUUGUUGGUAAUGACUACAAUGGUGAUGAGUCUGACACGACCGAUGACAAUGACAGUGAUGACAAUGGCGAAGAAGACACUGCCGAGAUUUAUGUUGAAGAGUUUAACAAUGAGGACCCUUUUACUGCUUCUGGUAUGCCCGAGAAUCCAGUGCACAGAUUUAUUGCUACUUUUACAGUACUGUUUGCAUCUCGUUACGUGGCAUCAAGCGAUUUGUGUCAUGUCCAAACUGCCAUUGCAUCUAUGAAGAAAACAUGUCCGUACCUCCCCAUUGUGUUUUCACAAAUGUUGGUGCACGCUCUCCUUGUGGUUUUGCAACGCCUUGGAUACUUUGAUCUAGUACGUGGAACGAUCAUUGAUCCCAUGCAUAAUUUAUUCCUGGGGACGCCCAAGAGAAUGAUGGACCGGUGGGUCGAUAAGAAAACGAUUGGAGCCAAAGAGUUUGCUGCCAUGGAAAAAAUCGCAGAGACAAUGGUCCUUCCGAGGGAUUAUACAAAGCUGACAUCGAAGAUUGGAAAAGGCUUUCCUUACAUGAAAGCUGACGACUGGAAAUCCUGGGUAUUGGUGUAUUCUCCUGUUCUGCUGCAUGGUGUUCUACCAUUUGAAAUGUACAACAACUGGAUGAAUUUCGUCCGUGCAUGCCGCUAUCUUAUCAAGCCAAGCAUCACAUUUGAUGAAGUGAACAGCGCCCACGACUAUCUGGAAAUGUUUUGCAAAAAGGCUACCGAACUCUACACUCCCACCAUCCUCACCUGCAACAUGCACCUGCACCUCCACCUUCGUGAGACCAUUCGUGAUUUUGGACCUGUGUACGGUUACUGGCUCUUUGGGUUUGAGAGAUACAAUGGCCUGUUGAAGCAUAUAAAGACAAACGGAAAAGAUAGUUUUGAGGCAACAUAUAUGAGAAGUUUUGUUCAAAACGCAUUCAAGGGUGACUAUGCCAAUGCUGUUCUGAAAAGUUCUAGCCACGUCCCCUUUUUCAACAUUCUCUCAAAGCUUUCUCCGAAAUUCACACCUACCACCACAGUCAUUACUCUCUCCUCCCGUCCAUUCCGAUUGCAAUCAUUCUUACUAGCAUCGUCCAACCCACAUCUUCCUCCAAAGGGUAACGAACCUCUCCCUCCUUCGACUUUUCCUCUUCAGCUAAAAAAAUCAUCACUGAUGGAUGAAACCGACUAUGCCCAUCUGCUUCAGCACUACAAAACAUCCUAUGAUCUUCCCGACCUUGUCAGUUACCAAUAUGCCACGCUCACAAACUCCUUUGUUGACAAUGAAAUCACAAAGUUGAAGUUCAUUGACUUACUUGGUCAACAGUACCGUGGUAAAAACGGUUCAGCUAGUUGUGGUUCUCUUGUCCACGUAAUGUUUGUUGGUAGUGACGGUAGAAAUACCCUAGCCUAUGCUGGACAAAUACAGUAUCUCUUCACACACUCCUUUAUACACCCUUCUAACAGCAAUCUCCACCUGACUCGCAUGGUUCAUGAUCAUCGACAUGUAUUUGCAUAUAUCAAGUGGUUUAAUACUUCCUCUGAUAGAUCGCGUGAGGAUGACGGUCUUGAGUUUUGUCUCCCCACCUUCUCCCCCGAUAGUCGCCAUUGCAUUGUACCUGUGCACCGCAUCUUUUUAGAGAUUGCUACAGCCAGGAUUACUACAAGUAGAAAUGUUAGUAAGAUGUUAGUAAUUGCUUUGCCAAAAAAGCUUUAUGCUUAA